UGAUCAUUGACUUUGGCCCAAUUGCAAAUUAAAUACAUUUCAUAUUUCGGAAUAACAAUUGUUUGGUGCUAAUAUUUAUCUUUAUGUGAAAUCUAUUUUCACCUUUUCCUCUUUAGGCUGUUAUCUAAACUUUUUCUUUGACUUUUGAGUACUUAAUAUUUCAUUUUACUUUAGUAUAGAUGAAACUGCCACGAAUCUUCAUUCAUAAGUUUGUGCAUGACUUUUGGAACGUUGAAUUUUCUUUCUCAAUUCAUUUUCCCCCAACUUACCAUAAAAAUGAAAUUUCAUAGACAACUGUGUUUGAAAAUUCUAACCAGGUUGUACUAAUUUGCUAUGCAUGCAUGUGUUAGAGUGUCACUUUAGACUUCUAUUUUAAAGAAAAAUGAAAAAAACUCAAAAGACAAAUAGUGAUUCCACCAAUUUAUUAAUUAGUCACUUUAUCAACAUUCUAAAUUAGGAACUUUCUCUCUCUAUCUAUUGACUAUAUAUACAAUAACAACACUUCAUUGUUUUAUAGCAAUCUUGAGUCUUAAGAAUUUCAUUGAAUUUAUCUCUCUCGCUCUCUCUCUCUUUAUUUCUCAACCCAAAGAUCAAAGCUCUUCAUGGCCGUUCGUCUAAUUCCGACCAUCUGGCUCUUCAUAGUCUUUGCCGUCAUCGUGUCAGCCUUGCCUUCGCUGGUAUCUUCAAGAAAACUGUUGGAGGUGAAGAAACAAGAAAACUUGACGGUGAGAGAGGAAGAGAAGAGUCACAUGCCUCAUGUGACCAAAACUAGUACGUUAAGUGCUCUACCAAAGGGGAAAAUUCCCAACUCGACACCGAGCAAAAAGGGUCACGCGGCCGUCUUCGCCGGAAAGCUCCGAUCACGACAUCUCUCCACCGUUGAUCGGUAUCUCCGAUCCGUUCCUAGUCCCGGUGUUGGCCAUUGAUAGUCUCGGCUAGAUUCAUAUAUAUAUUUUUUUCUUCCAUUUAGUACAUUCUUUAUUCUAACUAUAUAAUACGAAAUUUCCUACAAGGUAUACCUUUGUUUUUAGAAUUCUUUUUUUUUUUCAGGUUACUACAACUUUUGCAUAUGUAAAUUAGUCAAAAGUUUAUUUUCUUCCAUAUCACACGAGGUUUAAUAUCCUAUCUUGUAAUUAGUUAAUGUUACUUCUCAUUUCAUAACAAGUUGAAUCUUACUGGCUAUAUAUUCUUUAUUUUAGUACUUAAUUAGUAGUAUAAUAUUUUUAUUUUAUUUUGUAUGCGUUAAAUUUAUCUAUUUGCAGUCAUGGUCUUGAAAUUAAUGCGUUCAGGGGAUUCGGUUACAAAACAAUACAUUGCGAGAUCAUAGACUGAGAGUAUUAUAAACAUUGUCACAUAGUUGUUAACAGUAUAUUUAAUAAACAAGUUGGAGAUCAUUUGUGUUUAAUAUUUACUUAAGUCGAU